AUGGCGUCCCCACCAAAACGCCUCCUCUUUAUUGCUUCGAUCGGUAAUCCAAAGCCAUACCGUCGAACGCGCCACAGUGCCGGUCAUCUCCUUCUUGAUGUCGUUGCUCCUCUUCUCAAAGCCCGCUAUGACACAUCACAAACACUCUACACAACAUGGUACAGCCCAUCAUACAUGAACGAGUCUGGGCCUAAACUAGUGCGCCAAAUGACAAGAUGGCUCGCCACGCAAGACUCCAAUAUUCUCAGCUCUAUCACAUUAGUAAUACUGCAUGAUGAACUCGAAGCAGCGCCGGGGAAGGUGCGCGUGAAGCGAGGCGGACCUGAGAUUGCGAGUCUGCGAGGCCAUCGAGGGUUGAUUAGUAUUUUUGAGACGCUGCGCGGUAAAGGACUAUAUCCGCCUCGAGAGCAGAAUUCAAAACGCCGGAAUAGUACCACCACGCAGGAACUCUCUAUUUUGAGGAUUGGAAUUGGGAUUGGGAGACCUGAGAGUCGGGAGAAGAACGCUGUGGCGGAUUAUGUUCUGUCUGAGAUGAAUGCUUGGGAACUAGGGGCCGUGGAAAGGGCUGCGGAGCCGGUAAUGAAGGCCAUGGAUGAAGAGAUGUGUCGAAGUGAUAUUGACUUAUGA